UCUCUACCAGUUGGAAAAUCAGAACUGCCCUGUGUUCUCUCGUCUCCUAUCAUCAACAGCAUUGCUUAUAAAUGGAAGUGCCUUCGUUUCUGGCACAAAGCUUCGUUAAUUGUGUUAUUAAACAACACAAAGACGAACAAUACUCAACAUCAUUUCCAUGCAGAAGAGGCGACCAAUAUGUGGCGUUACGCACAGCUUCCAAUACCAGUUAACUCAACUCGAAUUCAGAUUCAUUUUGUUGGUGUCAGAAAAUUCACUCAUGGACCAUGUGUGGCCAUAGAUAAUGUUUCUUUCACCAAAGAACCGUGCAAACUGAUUCCUUGGAGUGCUGUUAAAGAUUGUCAAAAGCCUCUUGGCAUGGAGAAUGGAGCUAUCUCCAAUAAAAAAAUCACUGCUUCAUCACAAUGGGCUGCCCACCUCGCCCCUUCCCAGGGAAGGUUACAUUUUAAACAAUCAGCCGAUAAACGGGGAUCUUGGUCAGCCCGCGUAAACAACAAUAACCAAUGGCUUCAAGUGGCUCUGGGAAUUCGGUACAUGAAGGUCACGGCUGUAGCAACGCAAGGACGGAAUGCAUAUCCUGAGUGGGUAACGAAGUACAAGCUGCAGUAUAGCGGGGAUGGAAUAAGCUUCCAGUAUUACAAGGAACCAAAAGAUAUUGAAGACAAGGUGAGUUGGACUUCACACAUCAAAAUCAUAUUACUGUUGUUUUUCUCAUCCAAAAUAAAAAAAUAAAUAAAUAAAUAAACAUUUGGCUGAGGUUAGUAUCCUUUGGUUUGAUUAUGUUUGGUGGGGUCGGCUCAGCUCGGGCUGAGUCGAUUGGAGUCGCGUCGUAUCGGGUCAGGCUGCGUCGCAUAAAAUCGAGUCGGGGCGGUGCGAGAUUGGGAGGGACAGGGUAGAGCAGGUCGACUCGGUUCAGCCUAUCUUUUUUGGCCGAGUUUGAUUUGAUUAAGUUC